UAUACAUUACAUCACUGCUGAAUUAGAUAAUCAACCAAAGAGCACAAAAAGUGACCAUCUCAAGUUAAAGAAGAAGCUACUGUUUACAGAUUGCAAAUAAUUUCACAGAAAAAGCGUAAAUUGUACAACGUUUAAUAUUUACUACUUCAUUUCAAAGCAGACUCCCAGUACGUAAGGGGCAGCUCUCUGUGUCUUAUUUUGUUCAGUCUAAUAAUGCCUGUGUUUCUGCAGAUGGAGAACUACACUAAAGCUCGGACGCUGGAGCAUCCGUCCGUCUGUCCGUUCCUCGACCUGCCCCCCGACACGCCGGAGGUCCGAGUCAAAGACGGCAGCAAGAUCCGAAACCUGCUGCGCUUCUGCCAGAGCCGCAUGGAGGCCAGACCCCGAGCGGCGGAGAAGGAGAGGCGACCCGGACCUGAGGAAGGAGGAAAGGAAGCUCCGGGACGUCAGGAAGGACGACAGGAAGGACGACAGGAAGCUCCGGGACGACAGGAAGGACGACAGGAAGCUCCGGGACGACAGGAAGGACGACAGGAAGCUCAAGGACGUAAAGAAGUACAACAGGAAGCUCAAGGACGUAAAGAAGUACAACAGGAAGCUCCGGGACGACAGGAAGGACGACAGGAAGCUCAAGGACGUAAAGAAGUACAACAGGAAGCUUCGGGACGACAGGAAGCUUCGGGUCAGCCGCUCUGCACUCACAUCGUGUUCACGGCGAGUGGAAAGGGCGUGUCCAAAGCCAUCUCGUGCGCAGAGAUCCUGAAGCGGCGCGUGGGCCGGCUGCACCAGCUGACCCGGCUGCAGUUCGGCUCGCUGGAGGAGGUCUGGGAGCCUCUGGAGCCCGCAGCCGGCCUGGAGCCCCUCACCGUCACCAGGAAGCAGCCCAGCCUCUGGAUCCUGCUCUCCAGGGAGCCGCUGGACCACAGCCUGCCCGGGUACCAGGCGCCCGGACGCUACGACGCCCUGUGGGCUCCAGAGGGCCAGGGGGGGGACGGACAGAAGCAGGGACACAAGAGGAAGAAGGGAGAGAGAGGAGGAGAGAGAGGAGGAGGGGGGGUAAGAGGAAGAGGAGGAGGGAGGGGACCAGGGCGUCAGACUGGACGCUCGUAGAGGAAACUGAAGGAUCGAGUUCAUCUCUAACAGACUGGUCGACAGAAAGAAGAUCAAACGCUUCUUAGGAGCUGUGGAGUUAGUUUCCAAAGCCUACCGGUGUUGAUUUGUGUUCCAUAUAUAUAGUCUAUUUUGAAAAAUCAAUACUGAUGUGGCCGGCAGGUGCAACAACGGCAGAUUAUUAUAUUCAUUUACUGCAGAAAUAAUCGUUUUCCAGCCCCUCUCUGAUCUGGAGAUUUGCUGCUUCCUCCGCUUUCUAUCAUAAGGGAAGAUCUUUGGACGUUUAAACACUUUGGACACGACAUGGAUGCGUUUCAAUAUCUUCUGACAUUUGAUCAUUUAUUACGAACAGCAAGUCGUUACAAAAGUCUCAAGACAACUUUUUAGGUUUGGGAAUUAAAUCAAAUUUCAUCAGGUUUUAUCUUUUGUAUUUGAUUUGUAUUCCUGUGUUUGAAUUCUCUCGUUAGAAACAUGCUGUAAUUAUUAUUUUUUUGUAUGUGUGCUGAAAAUGUGUUUUUGAAAUGAGUAAAAAAAGAUAAAAUAAGGUUUGCUUUAU